AAAGGAAAAAGAGCGGCAAGGCAUGGUCUCAAAUGUUGGCAUUAGCAUAAAUUUGUAAUUAACAGAAGGAAAAAGAAAAAGAAACAACAAGAAAAGGAGCAACAAGUGGUCCCUACGCCUUCAACACCGCACUUGCCAGCGCCCGUCCGCGCCAUUCGCUCCAAAAAGGCCCUCACUUUCUAGCGGGAAAACUUCAAAAUCCCCACCAACCCAUGUAGAGGGAAACCCUAAUUACAAAUUUCAAACUCUCUAUCUUCUCUCGCACACUUCUUGUGGAGGUUCUUUAUAUAUAUAUAUAGAUAUGGGGGUGUGCUGGUAGUGGGUGUGCAAGGAACCUGUUCGACGGAAUUCCUGAGUAAGAAAUAGUUCGAGAACAAUGUAUGUGGUGAAGAGAGAUGGGCGUCAGGAGUCGGUGCAUUUCGACAAGAUCACGGCCCGGUUAAAGAAGCUGAGUUAUGGGUUGAGUAUAGAUCACUGCGAUCCCGUGCUUGUGUCUCAGAAGGUGUGCGCUGGGGUCUACAAGGGCGUCACUACCAGCCAGCUUGAUGAAUUGGCCGCUGAAACCGCCGCUGCUAUGACUGCCAAUCACCCCGAUUAUGCCUCGUUGGCUGCAAGGAUCGUUGUUUCAAAUCUGCAUAAGAACACAAAGAAAUCAUUUUCAGAGACGAUCAAAGAGAUGUACAAUCAUUUUAAUGAGAGAUCUGGGCUGAAGGCUCCUCUGAUUGCGGCUGAUGUUUAUGAAAUAAUCAUGAAGAAUGCUGCUCGUUUGGACAGUGAAAUCAUUUAUGACCGGGACUUUGAUUAUGAUUACUUUGGUUUCAAAACCCUUGAGAGGUCCUACCUCCUGAAGAUUCAAGGGAAGGUUGUAGAAAGGCCUCAGCACAUGUUGAUGAGAGUUUCUGUUGGAAUUCACAAGGAUGACAUUGAUUCUGCUAUCAAAACAUACCAUUUAAUGUCUCAGCGUUGGUUCACUCAUGCUUCACCCACUCUUUUCAAUGCAGGAACACCAAGGCCCCAACUGAGUAGCUGCUUCCUUAUUUGCAUGAAAGAUGAUAGUAUUGAAGGAAUAUAUGACACUCUAAAGGAGUGUGCUGUUAUCAGCAAGUCUGCUGGAGGAAUUGGUGUUUCUGUUCAUAACAUUCGUGCCACAGGAAGUUAUAUUCGUGGAACAAAUGGGACAUCCAAUGGCAUUGUUCCUAUGCUACGGGUGUUCAAUGACACUGCCCGUUAUGUUGAUCAAGGAGGAGGCAAGAGGAAGGGUGCUUUUGCUGUGUACUUGGAGCCAUGGCAUGCUGACAUAUUUGAGUUUCUAGAUCUUAGGAAAAACCAUGGAAAGGAGGAGCAUAGGGCUCGAGAUCUAUUUUAUGCUCUUUGGGUACCUGAUCUCUUUAUGGAAAGAGUUCAGAGUAAUGGGCAUUGGUCCCUGUUUUGCCCUAAUGAAGCUCCAGGUUUGGCUGAUUGUUGGGGUCAAGAAUUUGUGGAUCUGUACACCCAGUAUGAAAGGGAGGGCAAGGCAAAGAAAGUUGUCCAGGCACAGAAUCUCUGGUUUGAAGUUUUGAAAUCCCAGAUAGAAACUGGAACCCCCUAUAUGCUGUUUAAGGAUUCUUGCAAUAAAAAAAGUAAUCAACAGAAUCUGGGUACCAUUAAAUCUUCAAACUUAUGUACUGAGAUCAUUGAGUACACCAGUGCUGAUGAAACUGCUGUAUGCAAUUUGGCAUCAAUUGCUCUACCGCGAUAUGUUAGAGAAAAGGGGGUUCCAAUGGAAUCAAAUCCUUCAAAGCUUGUUGGGAGCAGAGGUUCUAAGAAUCGAUUUUUUGAUUUUGACAAACUAGCAGAGGUUACUGCAAUAGUUACAUCAAAUCUGAACAAAAUAAUUGAUGUUAACUACUACCCGGUAGAGACUGCAAAAAGGUCAAACUUGCGUCAUAGACCCAUUGGUCUUGGAGUUCAGGGUCUUGCAGAUACCUUCAUUUUGCUUGGCAUGGCAUUUGAUUCACCAGAGGCUCAACAGCUUAACAAAGACAUAUUUGAGACCAUAUACUACCAUGCUCUAAAGGCUUCUUGUGAGUUGGCUAUGAGAGAAGGCCCCUAUGAGACUUAUGAUGGAUGUCCAGUGAGUAAGGGAAUUCUUCAACCUGACAUGUGGGGUGUAACUCCUUCAAGUCGGUGGGAUUGGGAUGCUCUUAGGAAAAUGAUAUCAGAAAAUGGAAUAAGAAAUUCACUUCUUGUAGCACCUAUGCCCACUGCUUCAACCAGCCAGAUUCUUGGAAACAAUGAGUGCUUUGAGCCCUAUACUUCCAAUAUCUACAGUAGGAGAGUUCUAAGUGGUGAAUUUGUUGUGGUAAACAAGCAUCUUCUUCAUGACUUAACUGAGAUGGGUCUUUGGUCACCUACUCUUAAGAACCAGAUAAUUUAUGAGAAUGGCUCUGUUCUAAAAAUGUCUGAAAUUCCUGAGGAUUUGAAAGUCAUCUAUAGGACUGUUUGGGAGAUCAAGCAAAAGACAUUGGUUGAUAUGGCUGUGGACCGUGGAUGCUACAUAGACCAGAGUCAAAGCCUGAAUAUACACAUGGACCAACCAAAUUUUGGAAAACUUACGUCCUUGCAUUUUUAUGCAUGGUCCAAGGGCCUGAAAACAGGAAUGUACUAUCUACGGUCACGGGCUGCAGCUGAUGCCAUCAAAUUUACCGUUGACACCUCUAUUCUCCAGGAAAGGACCAAGACAGCAGAUGAUGAUGAUACCAAAAUGGCACAAAUGGUAUGUUCCCUAACAAAUCGUGAAGAAUGCAUGGCUUGUGGAAGUUAAAGAGUUGUAUGCGAAGUAAUUGGCACUUGGGUUGCUUUUGCUUGGGAUUCCUUUCCAGCAUGCUCUGAGACGAAGACCGCUUGCCCAUUCACCAGUCUCAUAAAAAUGGCUUUUUUAAAUGUUUUAAGAUAUGGGUUUUACAUCUGAGUAUUCAGAUGGAAGUUUAUAUUAACCUCAACUUUCUGUAUAGCUUUACAAAUGGUGUUGGUAUUUCUGGAUAUGUAUUUGUUGGUAACUAGGAUCCUCAAUGGCAAAUAUAAAUGGAAAUUGUCUCAAUUUCAAUGCUUUA